AUGUCUCCGCCCACAGGACAGUUUGUGCCUCAACCAGCAACGCAGGAGGAGGCAAAGAAGGCGCGCCUGCCGCUUGGAUGGCGUGACCAGUGCGGAAAGUUGCUCAUCCCCCUCAACGUCUGCCGGCACGACAAUCUCUACAUGACUUGGAAGUGCGACGACGAGCGACACGCCUACGAGAAGUGCCAAUACGAAGACUACAUCUCGCGCAUGAAGCUCCUCUCGGCAAAGAAGGCGGCAGAAGCGGAGGCAUGA